CUCUAAAUACCAUCCAAGCAAAUUAGAAAAGAUUGGAAAGUCUUGCCAGAGAAGGUGAUAGCUCUGUAUAUUUUGUCCAAUGGUUUUCAUUUCAAGAAGUAAGUAAAACGCGCGCCGUGUUUGAAUUCUGUGGGGGACCACCCUCUAAGCCUAAGCAUUUCUCAGUGACCCCUCAACGAAAGGCGCUGUACUUCAAGAGGAACGUCCCAUGGCGGGCAUGCAGGCACGCGCUGUUCUGCUUGCAGCUGAGGGCGGAAGAAGACCUGCGACGACGGAGCCUCACGGCGGUACGACCCGUCCAUGUACAGCCAUCUGCCGUCGUGGGAGACGUCGCUGCCUCCCUCGGACGAGGAGCCGGAGGGGGAUGAACUUCCAACGUUUCCUCUCGGCAGCGGUUCGACGCAACUGUUGUCGCAGAUGGUGCUCGCAGGCGGGUCGGCAAGCAACGGACGCGGCGAGCACACGACACUCCUGCAGGCUGCAGCAAGGCUUGGGAGGUGACGGCGACGGGGGAGUUGAUCUCCGGUUCGGGUUGUGUUCUGGCGGCGCUAGGGAGUCGAGCCACACGUUCAUCAUUGACGCCGAUCCUUCACCACGUGGCGUUCAACAAUCUGGAAGUCAGCAUACAGAGCAGUCCACACUUCGUGGCGGUGUGUCCGUUAGUGGUGUCGGGCCAUCGGCAGCAGGUCGGCAGCAUGGAUCGAGUGCACCGUCCGCCGAUCGAUUGACAAGUACCUGCCCCGCACACAAUGGAGUCGCAGUCGGGUUCCUGCACAUCGGCGGUGCACGUCCUUCGAUGUCCAAAAGCACAACGCCGACCCAACCCGACCUCAGGGACGACGGCACGUGCAGACCAGCGGUGCGUCCAGCACCCACUGUGGAGAACAUCACACGAGGAGUGUCAAACAUGCGAGCACACAGCGAUGGCGGCGACGACGAUGGUGGUGGCGGUGACGAUGCCGACGAACGAUUCAGAGAGGACGUGGAAGCAGGGGACGACGACGACGACAUUCCUAUUCGGCCUUUGGGGAAGACGGGUGGGAGGGGGAGAGGACGCAGCAGGGGUGCUGUUCAUGGUCGAUCCGUUGGCCGUGGGGGCAGAGGUGGCGUCAGCGACGACGGCGGGAAGUCUGUGACGUACUGGUCCUCGGAAGAGCAAAUGCAACUGGUGAGAUGCAAGCGGGAGCGAGAGAUGCACCUCGCCGGUCUGGGUCACAAUUACGGGCGGAUGCGGACCAAGGAGUGGAAGUGGGACGACAUUGCCAAGCGCAUGGCGAACGCGGGGAGGCCUAAGGACGCGAAGGACUGCAUGAAGAAGUGGGACAAUAUCUUCCAAAACCACAAGAAGAUACAUAGGUUUCAGAAUGCGAGUGGCCGGCCAGAUUUCUUCCGGCUAUCGAAUGAAGAAAGGAAGGAGCACAACUUCAAGUUUCGGAUGGAGAGGGCGUUGUACAACGAGAUCCACACAGGCAUGGUGGGCAACCACACAGUUUUCCCUCCCAACAUCGCCGACACCGGAAGUCCGGACGGGGUGCAGCUGCCCAGGCGAGGAGCGGGUGCUGGGGAGUCUAGGUCGCCACGAAACAUGUCUACGCGAGGGAACACCCGUGGGACGAAGCGCGACGUAGUCCCUGACGACAGCCAAGGGCAGGGAAGAGGUCAGCGGCAGGCCCCGAAAGCGAAGAGGGUGCGUUCGGAAGAUGCGUCAGCAAGGGUGCCUCGUCGUGGAGCGCAAGGUUGGGCGGCAGCAGCAGAAGGCGACUACGACGAAGAGUUCACGACGGAGGAAGAGCAGGCAGAGGUGACCACGUCUGAAGUACGCGAGAGCGGUCGGCAGCGCUCUUCUCAUCACACCGCUUCGAAGAGGAUGCUGACCCCUCCACCCGAGGCGCAGCAGCUGUGUGGCGGCGAAACGCGGACAGAGAAGGCUCCCGUCGUCGAUCUUGGCGGCGAUCAUGACGAGCCCUUGGAGAGACGUCGCAUUCGCAUUCGUACAACGGCGACCCCACCGCCGGCGGUGACGGCACGUGCUGCUGCAAACGAAAGGCCAGUCUCAGGUAGGCUGUCCGCCACGCCGUCUCAGCGACGUCAGCGCAACGAGGGUGGUGAUGGAGGGUCCGUCCAAUGCGGCAGCGGGGGGGAAGUCAUGGCAGACGCGCGCGCAGUUGGGGCCGAGGAGGCAGGUGCUGCGGGGGCGGGUGGUUCAGGCACUGUGGCCGCGGUUGCGACGGCGAAGGAGGAGGCAACAGUUGUGGCGACGACGAGAGAGGAGGCGCGUGGCGAGAAGAAAGGCGAUCGGGAGGCCGGCGAGCCCGGUACGGCGAGGAGUGGUGCGACGUUGUCAGUCCGACGGUUUGCGCGCACGAUAGAUCUAUCCAUGGACCUGCCACUGUGGUUAGCCGGCGCCAACAUCGAGGACAGACCGGACGACGACGACAUGGCGGCGCACCAGGAGUCCACCGUCAUCUGCGUCGUGCAUGCAUUCCGCGCGGUGGUGCAAAUGGGGGCGCUCAUCGACGGCGAGUUCAUCUCGCACGAUCGUCUUUGUCGGGUGGUUGACUGCUUCAGGCUGUUGUUGGCGGCGUGCAUGUGGAUAAUGCGCAUGGCGGGAGACGAUCCCCGCAGCCACUACAAGGCUUUCUACUUCACGAACCUCGUGGGGAAGCCCACACUCGUCGCGGCCAUGCAUCGCUCCUUCGAUCAUCGACGAUCCGUUGUUCGCGCCGCGAAAGUUGUCACAGAGAGGUUCGGGAAGGCGAACGCUACGCUCGGACAGUACCCCGACUACAUCCCUCAAUGGGCACUCUGCGACAUUGGUUUCAGGCACGACGCGAGCAUAACGGGGCCGGAGGAUGCGAAGAAGCUAGAUUGGUUGGGUUCGGCCUCCCCCGAUGAUGACAACAACAACGAGGGGAAAAAUGACGUGUAGGGGGGGGAGGUUUGGCUGCUUGUGUGGACGCGGGCGCAUGUACAAGUG